AUGACUCUUCUAGAGAGUAAUAGCAAUCAUGAAAGAAAAAUUAUAUCAUAAGUACUCAGAACAUACCACUUACAUAGAAAUAAAUACCAAGCACCUGCCAAACACCAUAAAUAUCAAGUAGCCAGAACAAUCAUUUAGCUGGAAUUUAUAGUUCUCUGUAACCUUUAAGUGCCAGAAAUAACUAAGUCUUUGAUACUAAUGCGAUUACAAAUGCGGCAAAUACAGGAAAGGAGAAAUAAAAGUCACUAUAGAAAAUCUCAGAGCCCUCUAUCAAGGUUUGUUUCAGAAAAUAUGCUUCUUACAAAUAGAGAUGCUAAGGAAGUGUCAAAAAGAUUUAGCAAACAAUACAUAAUAGGAAAUUCCUAAGGAGUUGAAAAAUAAUUGAGUCAACCAUCUACAAUAAAGAUGUAAAAUACCACCAAUUUUUCAUCAUAGCUGUAAAAUGGAGUAUUUAUUACUCAAGAUAGUAGAAAAAGCUAGAACUGCUAAAUGGAGAAGAAAUCACCUUCGCCAAUGGUCAAAUAAAAAGAAGUUUCUGAACCAAUAAAUAUGAAUAAUAUCUAGAACUCUCGAAAUACAUAACUGAAGAUAUUGGAAUCUUCUAGAAACAGGUCCAUCAAAAGAUAAAGAGAACCAAAUCUAGUUUCAAGCUCUUUACCUACAUAAAAAAGCAUUUCACCUUUCCAAUAAGAGUUAGAGUGCAUAAAAAUUACUCAUAAAAGUGAAAUUAUUGACUUGAAGAGAAAAUUAGCAGAUUCAGAAAGAAGGCUUGUUUAAAUAUGGGAGCAUAUUAAGGAAUAAAAUCGCAGAUCAGAUUAAAAGCUGAAUGAUUUCCAGUAGCUUGUGCUAUAAAUAAUCAAUCAAUAGUGUAGUAAUAACAAUAAUUUGAAUAUUAAUCUUGGCUAUAACAGUGCAACUAAUCUUAACAAUAAUCAACUAUCAUCAAUACUUUAAAUUUAAGACCAAUCAAUUGACUAAAACUCAAAAGUAAAUUUAGUCGGACUUCUCCAGCAAAAGGCUAGUAUGGAUUCAGGCUAGAACAUCUUGGAUACUUUCAAUAAUGGUGAGUGCAACAAUAACCAAAAUGAAGUUAAAAAGAGACCAGGAAUAAAUUGCACCUUCCUAAAACCAAGUGAAUCAUUAGAUCAUUAAAAUCAGAUGGUUCUAAAUCAAUAAAUGCAAGAUUAAUAGGAGAGUGAUUUCAUAAACUAAAAAUAGAUGUAGUAAUAGUAUUCAGAGCUUUCAAGUUCACUAAUAAGUUAGUAUGAAACAAAUUAAGUUAAGACUAAAAUCAUAAAUACAAACCAAAUAUAACAAGAAAUACCAUUCAACCAAAAUGACAGAUACUCAACAUCAGUUUUUGGAACAAGUGAUCUUGUUUAAAGACCAUCAAUUCCAUAUUUAGAAAUUGAAGAAGAAAUUUAAGCAAUGAUGGGCAACAGUAAAGAAAUAAUGAAACUUUAGCAAAGUAUUCCAAGCUAAAAGCAAUUAGUUACAUUUGAGAAUGGAUCUUAAUUUAGAGUAACAGAAUAAGUAUAGAAUUUAUAUGACGAGGAGGAAGAGGAGUAAAAUGAUUCAAAUCUCUAUUCGAUAAGCAAUACUACUUGCUACGUAAGAAAUAGAUCAAAGGUGCCACUUGUAAGUGCAACCUAAAAUCUUUUACAAGAUUGGAAAAGUAACAUAGAUCAAGUUUUCUCUGAGAUAAACUAAUAAAGAUAACUUAGAGAAUAAAAAAGGAAUCAAUAAACUCAGCCCCCUACCCCAAUUCAAGAUUUUCAUACAAUGCAUGAAAUGCAAUAGAUGUAAUAUAGGCAACUUAGAUAAAAUAAUGGAAGAGUUUAAUCUUAAAACUAUAAUAAUAUUGGUAAUGGUUAUGGAAUGCUGGAGCGAAAAGAAAACUCAUCAUAGUCAAGUAGCUACAUCAAAUUUGAAGACCCAGAUACUGUGUCCAAACUUAGAUAGCUGACUAAAGAGAUAUGCAAAUCGGAUUCAAAGGUUCCUUCCUUUCAUUCUCAAUCUAAUAAUGAGCUAAAGAGUUUUUCUAAUAAAAAAGACAGAGACAGCUUUGUACAGAUGAAAUAAAAAAUGAAGAAAAUAGAGCCAUUGAAUAGCAGGAAUCCUCAUCAAAACUACAAUAAAAAUAUUAAAUCAACUAUUAAUAAAAGUAAGAUGAUUUCAAAUAAUUAGAGUAAGGAGAACUUAAAUAAUGAUAGUCGUGUUUCAAGCUUGAUGGAUUCUGAUAAAAUUAAAAUUUAUGAAAGCGUAGCAGCAGAAAAAUUAGCUGUUCUUGAAUCAAUAACUGGAUAGAAAUUAAAUUAAAAUUUGCAUAACUAGGUUCAAGAGUUGCUCUAAUAAUCUAUUCAAAGUUAACUAGGCUGUAAAAAUGGAAGGUAAGAUCUUGUUCUGAAUUUAGAUUACUUCUUAAUAAAUGAGGAGACUUGGCAGAUAUUCAAAUAGAACUAUGAUGCUGACUAUCAAAUUAUGAUCUAUGAUAAUCGUCUUUAUAUUUAACCUAUAAGUAACUAGGUUGAGGUCGAAAUUGUAAGUUCAAAUCAAUACAACUCUAAAUCAUCACUCAUGGAGAUACCUAAUGAAUACUCCUCAUUUAAAUAGAUAAAUGGCUAGAUUCAGAAAACAAUGCCUUAAAUUGAGAGAGAUAGUGAAAAUUAGAGCGAUUUGAUAAGAUACUAAAUAACUGAAUAGGAUGAAGAUGAAGAAGUAAUAUUCGUUGAAGGUGGUAACAAACUUUCUAACUAUUAAAGAUCACUUGUUAAAUCCAUUGCCAAUUAAAACAAUAAUAGAGUUCUAGAAACUAAUCAAUAACUCUCAAAUAAUGCUAGUAGUAUAAAUAGUAAAGCUUCUAAUAACAACAUAUUGAAGUAUUUAAACAAGAAAAGUAAUACAACAUAGUCUUAGAAUUCAAUAGUACCAGUUCCAUCAGCAAAGAGUAAACUUAACAAUGAACUUAAAAGCAUAACAUAAUUAAAGAAUUAAACCCUUGAAUCAAGUCCUUAUGGAUUUCUUAAUAAUUCUAAAACUUAAGAGAGAAUAGUGAUAUAGAAUCAAAUUAGCAAAGAGAUUUCAUCUCUCGCUAGUGCAUACUCACUAGAGCAAAGUUAUAAAUACAGAAUCAGCAGUGAUCACAGCAGUAGUUUUAAUUAAUGA